AUGCCUGUCUCUAAGCAGCAACCUAAGCGUGAUAAUAAGAAGCCUAUAGCCUGCCACCGUUGUCACGCCCAUAAAGUUAAAUGCUCUGGCGGACAGCCGUGUUCGAGAUGUCGGCGGGCUGGCUGUGAUGAUGAGUGCCAAUACACUCUACGUGAUCGCAAGCUAAAGGUGCAAGAGAGUUACCUCGACGAACUUCUUACUCAAAACGCUCAAUUGAGAGAACAGCUACGCUCCAUUAGUACCCCUCAGAGCUCAUCUGCCACUACUGCCAAGGGUUCUGUUCCACAAGAGUCAUAUCCACCGGUACAGAACCCUCUCCUUGGAGAAAGGGCUUGGUUCUAUCCAUACGACCCUUCUGCUCCUCCUAUAUACAUGGGUGAUGCAGCAUGCACGGCGUUCGCGACACGCUUGCGCCAGUUUCUUACGGGGGAUCCCAAUACGGCGCAUGUUGCUCGAACGCAAUACACACCCGAAUCCUCUUUACUCGAGGGUGCCACUCAAUGGCCCGGUCUUGCACAGGCUCGUCUGCUGGUUCGUAUUGCUUUCAACCAGUUGAGUCGCGUCUACCAUCUGUUUCUACGCAAGUCAACCAUUGAACACCUUGAAUCUAUAUACCGCACGCCAUAUCUACGCGACGACCCGGCUGUCAUGUGCAAGUUCUUCUCCCUUUUUGCCUUGGGCGAGGUUUAUUCUUCUCGGGCCAACUCUUCCCCAACGGGUCGAGUUCCAGGUACAAAGUAUUAUGUACGAGCAAUGGGACUAAUCCCAAUUCUACCCGAGAGACCAGGUGUUAUUCAUGUGGAAAGUUUGCUUCUACUGUCGUUGUACUCGUACUUCCUCAACAGACGGCACUCGGCCUAUAUGUUAGUCGGCAGCGCCAUGCGUCUGGGCCUGAUCCUCGGGCUGAACCAUAAUAUCCCCGAGCGGCAAUGCACUGAUCCUAUAGAACGCCAACAUCGGGUUCGGCUGUGGUGGGCUAUUUAUGUCUUCGACCGCAUGUAUACGUCAAAAUUCGGGUUCCCGCUACAGAUACGCGACGAAGAUAUUCAUGUCGAUAUGCCCACCGAGGUUGCAAGUCCCGCAGCUGAGGAGCAGUUCUCAGAUACAGCUUACUCUGUCGCCAGUAUUCGAUUGUCGCAGAUCAUAGGUCAGACCAUUGACAAGAUAUAUUGUCGCAAACAGCAUGCGGAGUCGUUUCUCCAGCGGGAGCAGCAGCUCUUGCUAGCUUUACAAGAUUGGCUUAAAUCGCUCCCAGAACAUAUAAAACUACGCUCGGAGGACUCUCCUCCGCCAAAGCAUAUCGUAUCAUUACAUUUACAAUUUAAUCAGGUCGGUUUCCUUCUAUGUCCCCGCUGGGGUUUUGCGUUAACACCGGUCAUUACCCUUAGUGAAGCUUGCAUACAUGCUGCGCGGCACUCUCAUGCACUCAUAAUAGAGGAGUGGGUUAAUGGCUCCCUGCCUAUGUACGGCUAUUUCUACGCCCAGUAUUUCUUUUCAUCUUGCAUUGCCUUGGUGAUCUCGAGUCUUUUGCCAUCGAUCGGAAAUCCGGCAGAUCUCGAGUCGCUAGAUACUGCUACGGAGAUUCUGCAUAGGAUGAGUGAACACGGCAAUCUUGCUGCUGCUGAAUUCUACGAGAAUUUGAAGCGUGUCAAGAAAACGUUGGCAAACCAACCUGGAGUUGUCAAUGACAGCCAUGAGCGUCGCAGUCAAACACCAAGGCACUCCCUCGCGUCAUUACCGGCUGGAGGCCCGGCCACAGACCCCCAUGCAAUUGGUAUAGUGCCGGCUACGGGUUAUACUACCGAGAUGGCAUUCUUAGAACCGACAAUGCAGGAUUUUCUCGGCAGGUCGGAAAAUGAAAUUGAUGCUAUCCAGCCAUAUGACCUUUUCAUUGAUGAUAAUGCUACUAUUGCUGCCUGGCCUGCUACCAUGUGGACUUCGUGA